GCGAGGUCAGAGUGGAGUCGGGGCGCGGUGGGUUCCGGGCCGGGCUUCCCAGGACCGGCUGCACGGGCGGCUCCAGCCGAGGCGCCGUUCUCUACGGGACGGACGCGGCGGGGCCGAGGCCCCUCCGCAGCGCGGGACCGAGCCCGCCACGCAGGCGCCGCGCCGCCGCCAUUGUUGCCCGGGGCUUCUCGGGCCGCUCGGCUGCGCGUCCCCGGUCCGGCCACAGGGUCUCUUAGCCAUCCCUACAAGUUCUGGGCUCAGAGUUUGUAAGGAAGACUGCUAACUCUACCUUGCCUCUGUCCUGCCCCUGGCCGCAGCAGCCCUUGGUAAAUGCCUUUGUGGUUCUAGCAUGCGACUUCAAGCAUUCGGCUCACUCCUGGAGAAAUAAAGGCUGUUGCCGGGUUGACUCUCCUGUGUGUAGCCAUGUUCUCCCCGAGCAAGAGGACGACCAGUUCGUCCCGUGCCCAAGUCCUUCUAAUGUGGAAGCCGGACAAGGCUCAGAGUGGACCCCGCAGUGCUGAGAAGGAAACGCUCGCCUCAAGACUCCUGCGUGACACUGAGACCUGUCGGCAGAAUUUUAGGAAUUUUCCAUACCCAGACCUGGCUGGUCCUCGAAAGGCAUUGAAUCAGCUCCGAGAGCUCUGCCUUAAGUGGCUGAGACCCGAGAUUCACUCAAAGGAACAAAUCCUGGAGCUGCUGGUCCUGGAGCAAUUCCUGAGCAUCCUGCCUGGGGAGGUUAGGACUUGGGUGAAGUCCCAGUACCCGAAGAGCAGCGAGGAAGUGGUGACUCUGGUGGAGGAUUUGACUCAGAUUCUAGAGGAAGAAGCUGUUCCUCAGAGCUCCACCCUUUCCCAGGAGACCCCAGAGGAAGACCCCAAAGGAAGACAAGCUUUCCAGGCAGGGUGGCUCAAUGACUUCGUGACCAAAGAAUCCAUGACAUUCACAGAUGUGGCCGUGGACAUCACCCGGGAGGACUGGGAGCUCAUGCGUCCUGUGCAGAAGGAACUGUACAAGACGGUGACGCUGCAGAACUACUGGAACAUGGUUUCUCUAGGACUUACAGUGUACAGACCAACCGUGAUUCCCAUAUUGGAAGAACCAUGGAUGGUGAUAAAAGAAAUUUUAGAAGGCCCUAGUCCAGAAUGGGAAACAGAAGCCCAAGAGUGUACUCCGGUGGAAAAUGUUUCUAAACUCAAAAAGGAUGGAACCAAGACCAUCAAGCUGGAAGAACCCUAUGACUAUGAUGACAGAUUGGAGGGGCAAGCAACAGAGGCCUUCAGGAGAAUUCCCACCAAUGAGAGAGAUUUCAGUUUGAAGUCAGUCCUUUCAGAAGAAGAUGAUCGUGCAGAAGACUAUAAAUAUGAUAUAUAUAGAAGUAAUUUUGAAAAGCAUUCAAACCUAAUGAUACAGUUUGAUACCCAACCAGAUGAUAAAACUUCUGUGUACGACGAAAGCAAGGCCACCUUCAGUCACGUCUCUUACGGUAUUGUACACAGGAAGAUAUACCCCGGAGAGAAGCCUUAUAAGUGUAAUGUGUGUGGGAAGAAGUUCAGAAAGUACCCAUCCCUCAUCAAACACCAAAGUAGCCAUGCCAAAGAGAAGUCUUAUGAAUGUGAAGAAUGUGGGAAAGAGUUUAGACACGUCUCAUCCCUCAUUGCACAUCAGAGGAUGCACACUGGAGAGAAGCCCUACGAAUGCCACCAGUGCGGGAAAGCCUUCAGCCAACGCGCACACCUCACCAUCCACCAGCGGAUCCACACGGGAGAGAAACCCUACAAGUGCGACGACUGUGGGAAAGACUUCAGCCAGCGCGCACACCUCACCAUCCACCAGAGGACACACACGGGAGAGAAACCCUACAAGUGCUUGGAGUGUGGCAAAACCUUCAGCCACAGUUCAUCGCUGAUUAAUCACCAGAGAGUUCAUACUGGAGAAAAACCUUACAUAUGCAAUGAGUGUGGGAAAACGUUCAGCCAGAGCACACACCUCCUUCAGCAUCAAAAGAUACACACAGGAAAGAAACCAUAUAAAUGCAAUGAGUGUUGGAAAGUGUUCAGUCAGAGCACUUACCUUAUCCGACAUCAGAGGAUUCAUUCUGGAGAGAAGUGUUAUAAAUGCAACGAAUGUGGAAAAGCCUUUGCUCACUCCUCCACUCUUAUUCAGCAUCAGACCACUCACACUGGAGAGAAAUCCUAUAUAUGCAAUAUAUGUGGGAAAGCCUUCAGCCAGAGUGCAAACCUUACCCAACAUCACAGAACACAUACUGGAGAGAAACCCUAUAAGUGCAGUGUGUGUGGGAAAGCCUUCAGCCAGAGUGUACACCUUACUCAGCACCAGAGGAUUCACAAUGGAGAAAAACCCUUUAAAUGCAAUAUAUGUGGGAAAGCAUAUAGACAGGGUGCAAAUCUUACUCAGCAUCAAAGGAUCCAUACCGGAGAGAAACCCUAUAAAUGCAAUGAAUGUGGGAAAGCGUUUAUUUAUUCAUCAUCACUUAAUCAGCAUCAGAGAACUCAUACUGGAGAAAGACCCUAUAAGUGUAAUGAAUGUGACAAAGAUUUUAGCCAGAGAACAUGCCUUAUUCAGCACCAGAGAAUUCACACAGGAGAGAAGCCCUAUGCAUGCCGUAUAUGUGGUAAAACCUUCACCCAGAGUACAAACCUCAUUCAGCAUCAGCGUGUUCAUACAGGUGCCAAACAUCGUAAUUAAUGCAUAUGGGAGACUUCAUUUAGGUUUUAAAACUUAACCAUUUAAAAUUCUAUUUUGUAUUCUGUGUUAGAAACAUUAUUCAAGAGAAGUGCAAUAUGGGUUAGAUUAUCACUCAGCAGAAGUAUCAGAAUUAGUGAUGUGGAUAUAACCUAUUUAAAUGUACUGUGAAAUUUAAAAAGAAAACAUUCACUUCUUAACCUUUAUUUGAUACCAGUUUAAUUCAUUCCAGAAAUAAGCCCUAGGAAAGUAAGAGUACUCAAAAUCCUGUAACUCAUCAACUCUUACCAUGUUUCAAGUACUUCUUAAGGAGGCCUUACGAAUGUAACUUGGGAAAGCUUCCAUCCAGUAGAGCUUUCACACCAGAGAGUAAUCCUGGGGUAACAGAAAAAAAGCUGCUUUCAGGCCUUUAGUUCUUCUCAGCUUUGAAGCCUUAAAUAUGUAAAGGUCCCUUCCCCCUUUUUAUUUCCCUUUUCCUAUUAUACCAUAACUGCCAUGUGGAGCCAGUAGGUUUGCAAAAAAAAAAAAAAACACAAAGUUGAAAGUAUCUUAACAAUUUCUGUGUGACCACAGUUUAAUUACGCUUUAAAUACUGAAACAUUAAAGAAAGAGAAGCUUAAUGAAAGAUGAUCUGUUAGGAGAAGCUAAUGUGUCUAUAAUCCUUAGACGUGUACAAAUUUACAGGCAAAGAUUAAACCCCCAAGCUUAAUAUUUAAGACAUAUUAGACUUAGUUUCACUAGCUUUUGACAGCUGUCAUCCAGAAGGAAAAAAAUAAGAAUACUUUUUUGUGUGUGUGUGGUACGCAGGCCUCUCACUACUGUGGCCUCUCCCGUUGCGGAGCACAGGCUCUGGACGUGCAGGCUCAGCGGCCAUGGCUCACAGGCCCAGCCGCUCCGCGGCAUGUGGGAUCUUCCCGGACUGGGGCACGAACCCGUGUCCCCUGAAUCGGCAGGUGGACUCUCAACCACUGCGCCACUAGGGAAGCCCAAGAAUACUUUUUUUUUUUUCCACCUGACUCCAAAAUUCAUACCUUAAAGUUCCCCUGUGACUUAACUGUAGAAAGUCUGUUUCUUCCUUUGAAACACGUUUCUUGAGUGCCUGCUGUGCUCAGGGCCCAAACUUCCUAACUGGAUUCUUCCAGGGCUUAAAUGCCGAAAACCACAGCUGGUUUAAGCAAUAGAAAGCUUUCUAAAGUAAUGAAAGAUAAAGUAAAGGACAUGAUGUUAACCAGUACGUCCUGGAAUGAACCUAAGAAACCUGCUAAAAUGGGUUGCCAGAUGCAGCCCCAUUAUCUUAAGGAAGUAAUGAAAGCAGCUAUUUAAAUAGUAUGAGGAAAAAACAAGUAGUGGAAAGUAGGUUUGAGUUCAGUGCAGAAAGUGGGUUGGGGGAAAAAAUUGAAGACGUAAGGGUGAGGAAAGAUAGUACAGAGGCAACUGUUACAACUGAAGUGUUGCUGGACUUGGUUUACCUAAGAAAAUGAAUGACUACUUGAAUUAAAAAGCAAAAUUCAGCCUGUUUAUAAGAAGAAACUGAAACUGAAAUGACUGAUUUCAAAAGGAUAAUUGAAAUUGGUACUCCUUGUAUGUGUAAGUAAAAUAGGGAUUACUCUUAAAAUAACAGGGAAAAAAGUUUCAUUGGAAAAAGAAUUGACGCAGAAACUAUCAUUGAUACAGUAAUCAUUCAACAAUAAUAACUGAGUUUGUGGGGUCCCAAACAGCAUAAAAGGAAAACUGGUAGAAACACAAAUAGAAACGGGUGAAAAUACUAUUUACUAUCCACAGCAUUGCACUCAGAAUUUAAGACCAUGUCCUGAGAGCUGAACUUUCCUCUUGUUCUUGUUUCUUUCUUCAGUGCCUUGCAUAUGGUAGGUGGUCAAGUUAUGUUGGUUGAAUUAAUGAAUAAAUAAGUAGUCAAGUUAGACUUGAGUAAUAAGGUAGAAGUAACUGAUACGGAGUGAAAUUGGCAAAAUUUAAAAUACUUUUUGGUGCAUACAUGCAAAGAAAUAUUUAACAAAUAUUGGUCAUUUGUUAGUGACAGGAACUACUUAAAAAUGAAGAAUGAGAAUCCCCAAAUCUUAACAAUGGGGAUAUUCCUGAAAAAUCAUGGGACAUCUUUGCAGAGGAAGUUUUCCAGAGCUAGGUGAGGAAAACCUGAUAUAAAUUCUGGUGUCAUAAAUACCAAUUUAAGCAUGUGUUGACCAUGCAGCUUCAUUUGGACAUUGGAAAAACCUGGUUGGCCAGGGGCGGGGGGGUGGGAGGGGCAGUGGCUAAGGACCUGGGGUACCAGCAUCUUCAAGUCUUUCUUGUUGAGUGUUUUCUUCAAGAAGUUGCUUUCCCCUUGUCCUCCUAAUAGUUAACCUUGAUGUCACAGAAUCAUCCUUCACAAAGUGCAGAUUUUCUCCAGGUUGCAUAAUACUCAAAUUAUGCUUAUGCCAUAGUUAUCAUGUUAAAAAAUAACCAUUGUAUUUAAGAUGCAAUUUUUAUAAUAGCACUUCAUAACUUACACAACGUUGUUUUCUCCUGGAAUGAAUGUGUGGAAUGUUACAGUCCAUAGCGCCUUUCUUUGCAUUGAUUUGUAUUUCCUACCUUUGUGUGUUUUAUGUAAAUAAUGCAUUUAUAAGGUCUUCCACUGAAACACUGAGGCAACUGACGCUCUUAUAAAAUAACAAUAAUAAUAAUAGUGGAGAA